UUGUAAUUAAGUCAACUAAACGUCCAAUGUGAUUCCUUCUCUCUCUUUCCACACAAAUUUUUUUUGUUUUAUUGGUUGGACGUUAUGUUCUCCUGUUAACACUCACUCAAUUAUGUUUCGUUUAUUUUCCUUAGUACAAUAGAUUACCCAUAAUCACUACCUACCUUCUUCUUCUUUUUUUGAGUUUAUCUCUGGAAAUGAAUUCGUGGGUUCUCUCAUCGUCUCCUUUUCUUGUUUCUUUAAUUUUCAUAUUCUUCUUUUUCAUCAAGAUUCCUCUAUCUUUAUGCGAUGAAGAUAUGUACAAGAGCUGUAGCAAUAUGUUCAACUGUGGAAAGUUGAAUAACAUUGGUUUUCCUUUUUGGGGAGAUAACCGACCAAGUAGUUGUGGCUAUCCUGGACUAAAGCUCAAUUGCCAGGGAAGUGUUGCUACCAUAAAGAUUAUGAACGUGACGUACCAAGUGUUAGGUGUCAAUCCCAAGGCCCAAAUACUCAAGAUUACGAGAGAGGACUUCUCGGCAGGGAUUUGUUCACCAGAGUUCGUGAAUUCCACCCUCGAUCCUACACUAUUGGAUUUUGGCAUUGGUUUACAGAAUCUUACAAUAGUCUAUGGCUGUGAUUUUUCUUUGACACCUUUCCUAGGCCUCGGACAAUUCAAUUGCCAAAUAAAUGGUUUUGCGCACAUCAAAUGGGGAGCUGAUGGGCCUGGGGAAUGUAAAGAAAGCGUAGUUGUUCCUGUUCCAGUUCAGUUCGGUCCGUGGACAGGAAUAGAAAUAGAUCAGUCAAAAUUAGAGGAAGCCAUUAGAGAAGGAUUUGAUGUAAAAUGGAAGGUGGAUACAGCGGCAUGUCUUAAUUGCACGGCAUACAAGGGAGUAUGUGGUUAUGACCUGAAGCGGAAUCAGUCAACGUGCUAUUAUUCCUCACCAGGAUCAUCUUCCAAGCUGAAGCGUGAAAUUGUCAUAGGCAUUACGGCUGCUGUGCUUGGGACUAUAGUAGUCUUUAUCAUAAUAUGCUGCCUUAGAAGAGAACAAUUGAGUAAGGCAUUGAUCUUUAGGAGGACAGCAAGGAAAAACGAUGAAAAUGUCAAGGCAUUUAUAUUGAAUUAUGGUUCACUUGCUCCCAAGCACUAUAGUUAUGCAGAGAUCAAGAAGAUGACCAACUCAUUCAUAAACAAACUAGGCCAAGGAGGAUAUAGCAAUGUAUACAAAGGAAAGCUGCCAAAUGGUAAGCUCGUGGCAGUAAAAGUUCUAAGUGAAUCCAAAGGCAAUGGAGAAGAUUUUAUUAAUGAAGUUGCUAGCAUUUGUAGGACUUCUCAUGUUAAUAUAGUCACUCUUUUAGGUUUCAGUUAUGAAAAGAACAAGCGAGCUCUAAUAUAUGAAUUUAUGCCCAAUGGAUCUCUAGAUAAAUUCAUAUAUCAUCGAGAAUCUUCAGCAACAAAUUGUCGCUUGGAAUGGAAAACAUUGUACAAAAUUGCAGUUGACAUUGCUCGUGGACUAGAGUAUUUACAUCGAGGUUGUAGCACAAGGAUUUUGCAUUUUGACAUAAAGCCUCAAAAUAUUCUUUUAGAUGAAGAUUUCAACCCAAAAAUCUCUAAUUUUGGCCUUGCUAAACUAUGCCAAAGAAAAGAUAGCAUUGUAUCAAUGAAUGGCAUGAGAGGAACAGCAGGGUACAUUGCCCCAGAAGUAUUUAGUCGGAGCUUUGGAGGAGUCUCUCACAAGUCUGAUGUCUAUAGUUAUGGAAUGCUGGUUCUUGAAAUGGUUGGAGGAAGAAAGAAUUUUGAUGCUGGAGUGUCUAAUUGCAGUGAAAAAUAUUUUCCAGAUUGGAUUUAUAAGGAUCUUGAACUAGAUUUGGAUGGAAGAACUCGUGGGGUCAUCACAGAGGAAGAAGAGACAUCAAGUAAGAUGAUCCUGGUGAGUUUAUGGUGCAUUCAGACAAAUCCAGCUGAUCGACCAUCCAUGAAUAAGGUGGUAGAGAUGUUAGAAGGAACUCUUCAUUCCUUACAGAUACCCCCAAAGCCUUUCUUGUGUUCGCCUAAAGUGUCACCAAUGGAGUCUUCAACAACUUCAUGAGCCAAAAUUAAUUCAAAAGAAAAGAAUAUAUCAGGAAACCAUAAGAGAAUCUGACAAAAGUGGGAAUCCACGUAAGGAAGAUGAAGACAAGGCACGUGGUUUCUUCAGAAGUGAAUGAUAAGGUAUCAAGGUUAGGUCUGCAUGUGAUGGGUUCUGAAAUAUUUGGCUCUUAGAGCUCUAAUUGUUUGUGUUUGUGCAUGAGUUCCUCUUAUAUGGUUUGAUCAUCAUCUAUCCACUUUGUUCUCUCUUCGAAUUCUCAUGUGUGGCUGUCUCUGUGUUGAUCUACACUAGCAAAAACUUUGGCAGCUAGGGACACACAAUAUUUUGUAAAUAGUCCACAGGCCCCUCUUGGAUGCUAACUAUGGUGUAUGUUCCUCUUAGUAGUUGUUGUAUCUUCAUUAUAUUGGUUGAAACUUGGCUAUAUGAUGUUUUUAGAAUGACUUGACUAUUUAAAUUUUAUAUGACUUUAAAAGGUUUGCUUCUCAGUUGAAUGCAGUUCAGCUAUUUGAUAAAA